CCGGAAGUGAUCGUGCCUGGGUCACGGCGCAAGCGCAAACUACUCGUGGUGCUGCGAGGGGCUGAGCGCGCGUUUCUCCGUUCUGCAUCUCGGACCCGCCAGUGCGGAGAAGGCAGCAUGUCAGACAACGAGGACAAUUUUGAUGGCGAUGACUUUGAUGACGUGGAGGAGGACGAAGGGCUUGACGACUUGGAGAAUGCUGAGGAGGAGGGUCAGGAAAAUGUCGAGAUUCUCCCAUCUGGUGAGCGACCACAGGCCAACCAGAAGCGGAUCACCACUCCUUACAUGACCAAGUAUGAGCGAGCCCGCGUACUGGGCACCCGGGCUCUCCAGAUCGCGAUGUGUGCCCCGGUCAUGGUGGAGCUGGAGGGGGAGACAGACCCUUUGCUCAUCGCCAUGAAGGAACUCAAGGCCCGAAAGAUCCCCAUCAUCAUUCGCCGUUACCUGCCAGAUGGAAGCUAUGAGGACUGGGGUGUGGACGAGCUCAUCAUCAGCGACUGAGCAGAGCUGUCAGACUGUGCUGGGCACCAUUUCUAUGCCUGUUUUAUACAUGUAAAUAAUAAACUUCAUCCUUCCCACC